AUGCACCGGCAAUCCGUGGAUUCUGGUGACCCUGAGACAAGAACAACGAACUUGACAGACAUGCAGCCACCAACCAACAACGGCGGUGGACUCGUCGUGAUGAAUCAGAACUACGAAGAUCCUAACACAACCAUGACUUUCCUCGAUAAUUCCAUGUCGCACUUUGAUAACACGCCAGGGCACAACCCUUUCUUACCGGAUUAUUUUCGCAGUAUGCCCCCUUUCGAGGCAUUCAUGUCUGGUCAGGCAACUCCACGUGGUAUCAUGGACUUCAGCUUCGAUCUUGAUGUUGGAUUGACUGACCUCGAUCUUGGACUUCUUGAUCAAUACAAUUUCCAGGUUCCUUUCGCUGCCGAUACGCCAUCUACGGAUGCUCAAGGGGCAGAGCAACAAUUGUCGGAGACCGAUACUGCGCCAUUAAGGGCAGAAGCCUUCAAACAGAGCAUAUGGCGGUAUCUUCCUCAACGGUCGAGAAAUCAUACUGCAGAACAAGUCAACUUGGCCGUGCCAGACACAGAGAAAGACAGCUACCGGCGUUCGAACUUCACACAUCGGCGCGUGGUAGCAGAAAAACUACCACGCUCCAGCCGCGACCGGUUGAUGGCUUUGGUCCUCGGUACAUGUAGCCCAGAGAAUGUCAAACGUAUAGCGUCCGCCUUUCCCAGUAUGGAGCUACUGGAUGGUCUGAUCCAAUACUUUCUAUCUUCACCAUCGAUAGAUGCGCCCAUGUGGUUCCAUUUACCGACCUUCUCUCCUUCGAAAAUGAACCCAGAAUUGCUUGCUUCUGUAGUUUCUGCCGGGGCUGCUACACUCCCUGACAUAUCUUUGCGAAAGCUAGGUUAUGCUCUGCAUGAAGCUUCGAGGAUGGGCCAAUCAAAAUCCUUCGAAGAGGACAACACCGCCAUCAGAGACCUCCAACAUCUACAGACGUUCCUUCUGCAGCUCAAAGUUGGUAUGUGGAGUGGCAUCAGCCGGAAGAUGGAGAUCGCGGAAAGCUUUCUCCAGCCUCUUAUGACAAUGCUCCGCCGCGGUGGUCGCUUUCGUCGGUCGACAUGGAAAGAGAUUAGUCCGUCGCCCGACGAUCAAGGCUCAGUUUUAGAAAGCAAAUGGCUGAGUUGGGUCAGUCAAGAAUCCUUUCUCCGCUUGGUGCACCGAGCCUUUGAGUUUGAUCGGCAGUCCUCGAUGGCACUCCUCAAGCCACCGCUUAUAUCCUAUGCCGAGAUGCAACUUCCUCUACCGAGUGCGAACACGUUGUGGCAGGCCAAAAAUGCGGCCACCUGGAAGAUGGCGUAUUUGGAAAUGGCUUCAGUGACUACGAAACGGCCGUCAGCUACCGAGUGCCUAUUGAACUUGGAACAUCAAGUUCAUGAUUAUGCCAAUUCAACGUAUCUUCAUAUGAUGUGGGGCCCAAUCUGGGAGUAUCGCCAGAUGUGCGCCUUGACAUCUAGAUCGCAAUCGCAGCCUACGAACAGUCUCAUACUAUCGUCGCGUUAUCAAGAGCUCACAAAGCAGCUUGAAGAUUUCAGGCUGAGCACUCCGCCUAUGAGCAAGAGUGUUGAGAUAACACUAGAGAUCAUGUUGGUCCAUCUCAACGCACCUUUGGACGACAUCCAGCUCUUUGCAGGCAUCGAAGGGCAGGAAGAGGCACGGGGCGCGUAUGUUGGUUUGCGGGAUUGGGCGAAGACUCCGUCAGCGCGUCAAGCUCUGUGGCACGCUGGCCAAAUCCUGCGUGCAGCUGAGGUGCUGCCGAAAGCUCUGCUCAGUAACUUCAACGCCAUCGCUGUCUACCAUGCGGGGCUCAUACUAUGGGUCUACGGUAUUCUCAAACGCUCUAUUACGACGGAACAGGGUCCGGUCGAUACAGCUGUCGUUCUCAACGGAGACGACCUGCUGAGCGCUCGAAAGUUCAUCACCCUAGACCGGGGCAUACCAGCCAUCAAGAGUUCCGGAUCACAAAAUCCCACCCAACUGACCGACGUCUGCGGAGUCAUGGAUAGCUUGACACAGCUCCUUCGAGCGCAUCAUGACGCGUCAGAACCGUCUCCACCGCUGGUCGGGAACUUGGUACAGUUGUUGGAAGGCCUCCGAUCUGCCAUCAGAUGA